AUGUCUGGCAUCAUUAAUAAGGUCAAGGACGCUAUCGCUGAGCACAAGGAGGAGAAGGCCGAGCAGACUGGCACUACCCACAACUCCCACAACUCCUCCAACUAUGGCCCCCACGACAGCAAUGUCGCCAACGCUGCCGACCCUCGUGUAGACAGCGAUCACUCCAAGUACAACACCUCAUCCACUACUGGCACGACCUCUACCGGUGCCGGUUUGACUGGCACUACCCACAACUCUCACCAAUCCUCCAACUAUGGCCCCCAUGAUAGCAAGCUGGCGAAUGCUGCCGACCCCCGUGUGGACAGCGACCGCAGCCACACUGCCCAUCACACCACCUCCACUGGUGCUACUUCUACUCUUGCUUCCGGCACCGGCCACACCACCAACUACGAUUCUGGCCGCUCCUCUAACUACGGUCCCCAUGAUAGCAACAUCGCUAAUGCUGCCGAUCCCCGUGUCGAUAGCGACCGCUCUGCCGACAACACCACUGGUCACCACUCCGGUGCCGGUAUGACAGGCGCUAGUAUGACUGGUGCUGGUGUUGCCGGCGCCGGUAUGGCCGGUGCUCACCACCACAACAGCCACGGCACUCACGGCUCCGGUGCCGGUACGACUGGUACUGGUAUGACUGGUGCCGGUUUGACUGGUGCUGGGCACAACACAUACGACUCCAGCCGCUCGUCCAACUUUGGUCCCCACGACAGCAACAUCCCCAACACCGCUGAUCCCCGCGUGGACAGUGACCUUUCUAGCCGCCACGGCAGCACUGGCCUUAACACCUCUUCCACUGACCACCACUCCAAUGCCGGUAUGGCUGGUGCUGGAAUGGCCGCUGGUGUUGCUGGCGCUGGUGUUGCCGGUGCUCACCACCACAACAGCCACGGCACUCACGGCUCCGGUGCCGGUAUGACUGGUGCUGGUAUGACUGGUGCUGGGCACAACACAUACGACUCCAGCCGCUCGUCCAACUAUGGUCCCCACGACAGCAACAUCGCCAACACCGCUGAUCCCCGCGUGGACAGUGACCUUUCUAGCCGCCACGGCAGUACUGGCCUUAACACCUCUUCCACUGGCCACCACUCCAAUGCCGGUAUGACUGGUGCCGGUAUGACUGGUGCCGGUAUGACUGGUGCCGGUAUGACUGGUGCUGGUUUGACUGGUGCUGGGCACAACACAUACGACUCUAGCCGCUCGUCCAACUAUGGUCCCCACGAUAGCAACAUCGCCAACACUGCCGACCCGCGUGUCGACAGUGAUCUCUCCAACCGCCACGGCAGCACCGGUGUUCCUUCAACUCACUCCCGCGCCACCGGCCCUGCCUCCUCCACCGCUGGUCCCCAUGAGAGCAACCUGGCCAACAAGGUUGAUCCCCGUGUCGACAGUGAUCUGAGCAAGGAGAAGACGCACCACUCCAGCAUGAGCAGUGGUAUGCACACGGGUGGCAACCCCAAUACUACCACCAAGUCCUUUGAGCAGGCCCAGAAGACUGCUGGCGUGAACCCUCACAUCAGCACCGACAGCACCGAUGCUGGUAGCAGCUACAACCACCACGGUAGUGUUGGAAGUAGCACCAACGCCGGACCCCACAACAGCAAGAUUGCCAACAAGAUGGAUCCCCGCGUGGACUCUGACCUUGACAACACCGCUACUACUACUAGCCACCAGCGCGUUUAA